CUUUCCUAAAAUUCGUAAAGUUAGUUUCAAAUUUAAUGAUAAGAAUUUAGCAAAAGUUUCAAAUGUAUUCCGAUAACUUCAUUGAACUUCAAAGGAGACAUUGUUGAUUGGACUCAGUUUAUUUGAACUCGAUUUUGAUGAGAACUGCGGCUGCAGAAAUAUAUUUUUGAUCUUUUUUUUUUUGAAUCGCUCUCAAGGAUUUUGAAGACUACAUCAUCCAAAAAACCAUAAAAUUUCUUUAGUAAAAUGGCACGUUGUAAGGCACGGAAGAAAAAAAUUGCACAGAAGAAAAAAUCCAUACAGAAGAAGUGUGAACAGAAGAAGAAAUGUGCCCGACCUGGACCGAUUACAAGAAAUCCUUUCUUCAAUUUCUUACGGGAAUUGCGGCAAAAUGGUUGUACGGCUGACAUAAUUGAGACUGCCAAGUGCGGUGCUAAAUUAUGGAAUUUAUUAACUCCGGAACAAAAGCAAAAAUACUGCAAAAAACUUCCAAAGAAACGUAAGAAUCCAAAUCAAGCUGCUUGCGCAAGAAAUCCUCCAAAAAAACGUAAAAAUUCAUGCAAAAAACGUAAAAAGAAAAUUGUAUGUGCACAGAAGAAAAAACAAGUGAAACCAAGAUGUGGUCCAUCUACACCAGCCCGCAAGCGUAAGAGAAAAAAAGCGAAGAAGGACAAAUGCAUGAAACCAGGGCCUAUUACAAAUAAUCCAUUCUUAAACUACAUACGAUACUUUAAGAAACAGAAUUGUGGUCUUUCACCCAGAGAGACAGUGCGAAGGGCUGCGUCUACUUGGAACCGCAUGACACCAGAACAAAAGAAUAAGUUUCAAGUUCAAGCAUGUAAAGUCACAACAAGUGCUCGACGCAAGCGCACAAAAUUGUGUCGUAGCGUUCUAUCUGGAGCCAGUCCUAAAGGACGCAGUAAGUGCUGAAAAAAAGAUAUCCAGAUAUAUUAAAAAAGAAUAAUUUGCAAAAGAAAUGGUGAAAAAUUUAAAAAAAGGAAGUGAAUUUACUAUCUCUUGAUAUUUAGAGAACACGAUGAAAAAAAUGCGGCAAAUAUGAAAAUUGUAUGACAUAUUCAAAGUAUGACUAAAUUCGAAAAUGAAUAUUGAAUAAAUAAAUU